UGGCAUUGUCGGUGUAUGGUCUGACGAUCAACCACCUGCGCAUCAGUUGUCUGAGGCCCUGCCCCAAGUUGAAUUCCAGUUUCUUAACAGCGACUCUCAUUUUGUUCGCGUGGAGAGAGGCUGAGCGGUGAAUCGGUGAUGGUGAAUUCUGUUCGAUGAGCGAGUACCUCGUGAUACUGCUGAUUCGGUAAUGGUUGGUUUUGGUAGUAUAUGUUGGCAAGGCAGUUGUGGCUGAAGGCCUGUUGGUUGCGGGCAGCUUCAAGUUCUUCUGAGAUUUGUGUCUCAAAUAAUAAAGAUGGUGUGUUUUGUUGGCAUGAUCUUCCCAAACAAAAUCCAGCUCCAUAAGGAGGACACUGAAAACACUUAUACCUGUUGAUGGCAGUCCAUCACGAACUAGAAACGGCUGAGAUUCCAAGGGUCCAGAUACAGCCCUAUUGCGCGUGCAGGUGGCGAGAACGGGAGCGGCCUGAGGCUAGAGAGGCCUUUUGUUUUCGGGGCUCUUUUUGGCGACGAAAUGCCUCGAGGAGCGAGCCAUAUUCGGGAGAGGCCCCUUCUACUCCCACCACCAAUGCCAGUGGAGGUUCAGGUGACAUUUGACAAAACUCCCUCGUGGCGAGCUUCAUCCAUCGUCAUCCCUUUGCCUGCGAUGUGCCCACAUAUGCAUGUGCGGUCAGUGUGAUGGACCUACCAGUCACAGAGGCAGCGCCCAACUUGGACAGGGUCACCACACCCAGGCUGUCCGAGCUGUGUUGAGUGGUCGUGGAUUCCACGUUCUGGGUCUAGAGGCCCAGUCAAGGGCGGAGGACGUGUAUCCUUACAUGAAUGGAUGGCACUUGCGGGUGUUUUGCCCUGGCGAAGGGAGAAUGUCAGGCAACGACGGGCACUACUGUAGGUAGCCAGGUAUGUUACGGCCGCGGUACAGCAACUCGUGCAAACAACAUCCACUGCACACCUAGGUAGGUAGUAUUCAAGGGAAAGCUGGCGCAGAAUGCUACUCGAACAAGCGCAAGAGGAAAUGCUUCCAUGAUCAGCUCUUGUCGCAAGCCUCGGAAGACGCAGUACAUUUCCACAAGGUGCCUGUUUGGUACAGCGGUCCCAAGGCUUGCUUUCCUCCCCUGAGAAAUCGGACAUCCCAAUCAUGUGGUCCUCCACCAGCAGCCGCCAUUUGAUAUGCAUCAGCAUCAUGAGGCAUGUUCAGAGUCAUCCGACUACUUGCUCUACCUCAUCACGGCCUCAAUGAAGACAUCCAGACCCUGAUGUUGUUAGGCAGUUCUGGCGAGGCUGACCAUUCCCACCUGCAGGAACUUGAAUGAUCCUGACCAGAGUGGUGCCUGCUAAAGUAGCCCCGGGGCGCUCCUGUCCACGCGGUGGCUUUAGGGGACCCUCCCCCAGUGCAAAUGGUUGAAAACCAGCUAACCGCCGCCUAGAGCGCAGGCCGAUACCGCUAAACGAGGACCCUGCGGCGGUUCGUCCGCGCCUAAAAGGAACCAUCGUACUGUAUUUCUUGGUCUUAGGGACCUCUGGCCGCCCAUCGACAACAACGAUAAUCAUGAUGGUGAUGAAGUUCACUCUUCAUCCUACCCUGUCACGUUCUUUUCUGUAGGCUCUACUGCCUAGGCAUGCAUAUCAGGCACGUGUGAAGACGACAUGACCGACCUGCUUGACAUGAUUAUGUGCCAUGGUGAGCAUGCCACACUGCAUGGUUACCUGUAGAGAAUGGCCGUGUGUGCCCUGUCUGUGCCUAAAAAGGACCGGUCUCGAUUACUCCAGGAUUCGAGAUAGGCUCAUCUCGGCCUGCAGUGGCUCCCGAGGCUUGUCGGUUGUCGUCAAGGUUGAACCAGUGGCGUGUGGCUGGCCCACCCGGAGCCGCCAUACACGAGCAAUACCAUUCAGCAGCCAGAUAUCAAGUGGGCGCCUUAAGGGAAUUGAUAUCCGGGGUCGAAUCAAUCCACCGGGGCCCGUCCGACACGGGACGGUGGAGCGUCAGUUGUACUACCAAGUAAUCCUGUCACACCACAUGGUGGUGAGACCGACCGUGACCGACAACUUGGACCUUUGGGGCUUUCAGCCAGGCAGCGCCCACAAGGGCCAAAUGUUGUUUUCUCCCAAGCUGAGUCUGCCCGUGUGCUACCUCUUCUUUCUUACCAUUGAACGACCACCAAUUCGUCCAGGCUUGUUCAACUUGGCGAGGGAGGCAAAAAGCCUGACAUCUUAUCACCUGUUAUUUGGGCCGGACGACGAGUCAAGCUUUUGUACCCAGCCAUAAGCUGUUCGCGUCAUGCCUACUUGGGCCCGGGCAAGGCUCGAACUGAUCUCUUAAAUAAAACAGUGUGUCCAGGCCAGGCCCAUCGAACCCCCUUUGGAGGGAAGGCCUCGCCCCUCCAUCCCAAACCUUUAUCAGCAUUGCACUACACCUCGUCCUACCGUUCUUUCACAGCAAUGGCCCAAAACAUGAGGUUUAGUAAUACCGGCGAGCCUGCCUCGCUGGCAGACGUGUGCAAACUGGCAUGGCACACGUUCUAUGGCAUGCAGAAGGCGUCGGAGGAUUUUGAAAACCUGCGAUUCGAGGUCUGGACCAUCGCCAUCAGUCUCGACUCGUUACACAGCGUGGGCACGACGCCCUUGCUGAUCGAUCGACAACCAGACCGGGCAAGGUGGGCAUUGACAUUUUCCAAGAUCCUGACCUCGUUGGGUUCUGCUCUACGACCGCUCCACAGUCUGGUCAGACUGUAUCUGUCCAGUCCGGCCAAGGAUCGAGCGUCGAUCAAGAACUGGAUGCUCCAUCCCGACGCCGUGUUUGACGGGCUGACCAUCCAGGACUUCCGUCGAAAACUGUCCAUGUUGGUGGAAAGCCUCAACGUCUUCCUGUCAUGCCUGACACACGCCGAACUUGCUCGAGCCAAGAGCGCUUCUGAAAGUGAAGAGUUCCGUGUCCUGUCCGAGGUGACGAGAAACGUGUUGCACAAGUGGGAUCAAGAUGUGGCCGCGGGUAUUCGGAGACCGGCAGAACGAGCACCCCCUCGACCGAUCGAGCCUCCGGGCUUUGUCAACGACGAUGUCAAAAGCUACAUGAUGCCACUGCUGAACGGGGGAGUUGGAGUUUCAGCGGUGCAGAAUUCCCGUUCUGCCGUACCUAUCCCAACAUCAACUCUUCGGCAGCAACAACACCAACAAUCGCAGCAACAGCACAAAAACAGUCCUCCAUCUUCUCACAAUCCAAAACUCGACGAUAUUGAGCAUGGUUUCCGCAGCCACAUGCACGCCAUGCGCCGGAUCCGGGAACAACUGCGCCAGCAGAAGAUCAACAAUGACCAUCUCACAGGCCAACGGUCUGCCCAUUUCCCCGAAGUGUCACGCUCCUCCGCAGGCGCCAGAAGUCCUCAACCUCAUCUGGAUGCCCAUGGCCAACAACUACCACCCACACCAAUCACACCGACAUUACACCGCGAGCCCACAGACUCAACGCACUCGUCCGCGUCCACCGAUUUCUCGGGUGACUAUGCCGAUGCCUCGUCGAGCAACAACAGCGUUAGCUCGCACCACGGUUCCGAGGCCGGCAGUGUCGUUUCCAACGGCGAGUAUCACGAAGAUACGAAAGCGGGCCUGGCUCCUCCUAGGAAGCGGAAGCGACAGGCCCAGUUCCGGUUUAAGACUGGCCUGGAGGCUUCGAGCGAUGGUUCGGGUUCCGAUGAGGGGAGUUACUCUCAUCAACUGCAUCAUCCAUCUCGUCCGAAAACGGCCCUAGAAGAGCUCUUGACGACAGUCUUGUUCUUCGACCAGUGAUGGCAAUGGCAUCCUGUUAUCUAGAUCAGCCUGGCAGGGUUGGGUUGUGCGCGAAGCAAUGAGAACGGAACUUCCAAUGGCUAUCGAGCAGGACAAGAUCACAUCCCAACGAUAGACAUGCUGGACGUUGAAGGAAGAUCGGCUGACUGCGGUGCAGCCGAUAGACAUCUACUUACUAUACCUUGUCUUGACCCAGCUCGGGUCGACCACACCCUGCAGACUAGCUUGAGCUAGUCACAACGGGCGGACUGCAUAUUUUGCUCAAGUCCCGAUUCAGGACAGCCAGCCAGUUACACGAUGAUGAACCUUUGACAUAUACAUAUACUAUAGCAUGCAUUUGCGUUUCAUCUGCAUUUGACGGCGCCAGUACCGAGAAGAGAUGAUUGGGGAAAGGCAUUUCUUGGUUCAAGGUGUAUGGAGUUUGGGGCGAAAGACACUAAUGGGAGUAAUGGGAACACCCGGUACUAGUACUCACACUGCAGCUGAAGCAUUUUAUUCAUAUUCUGAUAAAAAAUCACAAACUCUGGAUGGGAUUAUCCAACCCCAACCUUGCGCGGCUUAAAUAUAACGGUCAUCAUGAUGAGGAUGGGAAUGGAAUCAUAAUGAAAAACCCUGGCACGCAUCUCUUCCUCAUAUCACCAGCUUUGCCCCCUUAACUAUUCCUACAAAUCGACUACUGGCUGCAUGCUCUUGGAAGCCACCAGUACCAAGUAACCUCACCUCCAUACAUCUCUGGCGCAGGGUCCGUAGGCAGCGCGCCACUGUUUGUCUCUGGCGCUCAACAAGAGACGACCUUCCUUCUCACACUCGUCCAGCAACUCCUCAACCUUGUCCUGCGACCACGAGCGAUCUUUCGAGCCUUGACGAAAAACCUCGUUGACAUGCUGGACGGCAUCUAUCAUCACAGCGAAGAAAGCUUCCUCAUCAAAUGCCUCAGCAGCCUGUAGACUCCGUUGCAAGAGCUCACGCCUCCUCCGAGGAAUUUGGGCAACCUCGGCAUUCGGUGGUUCCCAGGCAUCAAAAUAAUCUUCCAGAGAGUGAUGGAGAAUUGUCAAGGGAUAUUUAUGUUCCGGCUGCUCCAUGCUCCACUUGACAACUGAAGCUCCUAGAUUCGGCAAACUCUUGGCAUGAAGUCUGCCCAAGCCGUAGAUCAGGCGCCCUGAAAGUUUGGGAUCUGUGUUAUAUGCCGCUCGCGCCGUGAGAUCGUGGAAGUCGAUGAGGAUUUCGUCCCAACAUGGCUGAUGGAGUGCCAGACCGGCAAACAGCUCGUCGAACCAGUCGCCGUCCGUGUCAUGGCUCCCGUACCUGAAGAAGUCGGGCGUCCAGAUGAUGAUGCAGAGCCCUUUCAGACGGUGCCGCUCGUCUCGAGGAGAUGACAGCUUCUUCAGAAACGCGCGUUGUCGAUCGGCACUUUCCUUGGCCGCCCAGUAGGUGCACGCAUGCAUGGGAAAGAUGAGAUUGUUCGCAUAAAGCAGGUCAACCCCGAUGUCAUUGAAUCGCUUGCAAACUCGCAACACUUGGGGUUGAAGACACUCAUCUUCGGGCGGCGUUGGCAGGACUUGAGCGUACGAUCUGCCUUUGUAUUCUGUGAUUAGAAACGUGUGGUUCCAUUCGUCGGCCUGUUCGACUGUAUGCUGGAGUAAGGGUGUCAGAAUGCGUGUUAGUAUCUCGGUUGGCAGGUCACCGAGCGAGGGUGAGCCCUUUGUUAUGCUGCUCAUCUUGUGUCAAUAAUAACGAAACGAAAUCCUGACUUGUAUAACAGGUAUGUAUGUGUAUCUGAGUUGACCUUCUUAUCGAGACAACUGCUAGAGGUAAACGGCUGCAGUCCAAGGAAGGUGAUCACCUUAAACGAGGCUCAAGGCAAAGACCAUGGUAGGAAUCUAAAAUGUACUGGUGAUGCCAGUGAAAGCGGGGUGGCCCAACUUCGAAUCAGGCUGUUGUUGAACAACGCACACUUGUGCAGUGACCUCGACAUGACCAACCACACUGGCAUCUCUUUGAAUACUUCAGGUUUGCUGCACUGUGAUAGCUUAUCCCAGCUGCAGCUGGCACUGUCCCUGCAGUAAUAGGCCAGCCAAGGCACGGCACGGGACCUUCCCGCGAGAUGAACCCUUAAAAACUGGGAACCUACCUUGUCCCAAGGAGUAGGCCAAGUUCUGCACCUUUUGGCCGUCUGCGGCGCGUAGGAGUCCACUGUCAUGCCCAUGAAUCAA